AUGACAGAUCAAAACGGCACGUCGCCCAAACAUCCAGAGCACGCAGGAUCCACUCCACCGCCAGUGGUGCCGACGGCUCCACCGGCUGCUGAUGUGGAGAACCAGACUCCGGGCCAUGCUCAGACUACGGGCACGGGGUUCGGAGUGGCGGGGAUCCUGCGGCGAUGGAAGAGAGAGGACUUGGUGAGAAGAGGCUCUCUGGCUCUGAGGGGACUGUCUCUGGUCUUCUCUCUGCUGGCCUUCAUCAUCAUGGCCAGCAACAAGCACGGCGAUUGGAAAGACUUCGAUAAAUAUGAAGAAUACAGGUAUGUCCUGGCAAUAGCGAUUCUGUCGACGCUGUACACCGGUGUGCAAGCAGCGCGACAUGUCCACCAACUCUCCACCGGCAGAGAAUUGUUUCAGCGCCGGACGUCGGCCUUAGCCGACUUCAUCGGCGAUCAGAUUAUGGCAUAUCUAUUGAUAUCAUCAGCGUCGUCGGCAAUUCCGUUGACAAACAGAAUGAGAGAAGGGCAAGACAACAUAUUUACAGACUCUUCAGCAUCCGCCAUUAGCAUGGCCUUCCUCGCUUUCGUUACUCUUGCCUUAUCGGCUCUCAUUUCCGGUUACAAACUGUCAUCUCAGUCUUACAUCUGA